AUGUUCAAAUUCUUCAACUCGUUUAUGUUCGAUUUCGAGCUGACCCGGCUCCUCGGCAGCACGCCGGCCGGUGGCUGCGAUGUCUGCGAGUUCCUGACCGCCGUGGGAAAGAUCAAGAAUAACGAUGCUGAGUCAUGGUACCAUGCCUGGAGAGAACAGGGAGAGCGGGCCGAGGAGAUCGCUGAGGACGCCGCCAGGGAUGGUUUGAAGGCGAUGGCGAAGAACGGAUACCUUCGUGCGGCAAAUUAUUACCGGGCCGCGUCCUAUCUGUUCUUCAAUGACGACCCAAGAGUCGUGCCCAUGUCCGAGAGAUCAGUAGCUGCCUUUGUGCGCGCGACGUCCUUUAUGGAUGGCGUGGUACUAUUGGUGGAUAUCCCGUACGAGAAUGGCAUCAGCAUGCCUGCGUACCUGUAUCUUCCUCCCCAGGAGGCACGGCUACCCGGAAAGAUACCUCUUCUAUUAUACUUUGGAGGAGCCGACUCGACAAGGGAGGAGCUGUACUUCUUAUUCGGUUACUCGGGCCCGCAUCUGGGUUACGCUGUCCUUUGUCUGGAGGGCCCCGGUCAGGGCCUGCUAUUGAAGAAGUCGGGACUCCCUCUGCGACCGGAUUUCGAGGUCUGCGCGGACAAGGUGCUAGCAUUUCUCGAGAAUCUGGCUCGGUCACGGCCAGAGCUGCAGCUGGAUCUGGACAAGAUUGCCGUGGCGGGCGCCGUCACCGGGGGUUACUUUGCCCUCCGCGCCGCCACCGACCCCCGAGUCAAGGCUUGCGUGUCCAUCGACCCGUUCUUCAGCAUGUUCGAGCUGGCCAUGACCCGUGCCCCGCAGGCCUUCAUCAGCCUGUGGGAGAGUGGCUGGAUCACCGACGGCAUGGUCAACCGGAUGGCGAGUCUGCAGAGCUGGACAAGCUUCCAGGCGCGGUGGGAGCUGGCCUUGGGCAGGACCAGCAUGGGUGUCGACUCGCCCGCCGCCACGCUGCGGCGAUUCAAAGACUUCUCUCUAGACAAUGAGAAGGACGGCAAGGUCUUAGACAGGGUUACGUGCCCCGUGCUUCUCACAGGUCCGGGAGGCGGUCGCGAGAUGUAUUCUUCGGCAGAGACUGGGGCGGUCAAGAUCCACAAGUUGCUCACCAUGGUGCCGGAGCGAAACAAGGAACUCUGGGUCCCGGUGGAGGAAGCAGACGGCGGAUUGUCAGCCAGCAUAGGAGCCUGGCCCCUGUUGGCGCAGAGGAGUUUCCAAUUUCUAGACAAGCAUUUGGGCAUUGAUCGGAAGACUACAUACACGAUGGAAAGCAAAUAG